UCCGGUACUGGCGGUUCGUUGCGCAGGGAACUUUUGUCCCCUGCGCGGAUAAUUCUGGGAAAUGUCGAUCGGCCGUGGGCGGUGCACUGGGUCCGUCCCGCGGUAGCCUCAGGCCUGACGGUGACUCCCAGGCUCAGGGACGAUUCUGGGCAGUGUCGUUCCCGGAGGUCGGCGGCCGUUGCCCGCUCACCAGCGACGCGGGGCGUCAGGUCCGCGGAGGUGCGGGCUCGGGGCCCCUGCGGGGACGGUGAGGCCCUGCUGAGGCCUGCGGCCAGUGUGAGUCCCGGGGGCGGCGGCGGGCUCAGGCCCUGGGUCUGCCCCGCGAUGUGACCCCGGCCGAUGCCUUGGCUUUUCCUGGCCUUCGUGUCCUCCUGUGUAAACGCGGUGGGAUGACGGCGCCGACCUCUUGGCGCUGUUGUGAGAGCGAAGUGGGCGCGUUAGCAGACGCCAGCCACAGUUGCCAUUGGGUUAUGUUGUCAUGAAGCCGGCACUUUGCAGUUGUGUAACCUUGAACAAAUGGGUUCAGUAUCUCGGAAUUUCAGUUUUGUCAUCGUUUAAAAAAGAGAUCUGGAAAAAUGUGAAUGCCCACCGUGCAUAGUGAUGAAGAAUUGAACGAGCUGAUAAAGUUUUUACCGUUGUUUUAUGAGGCUUUUAUUUACAGAGUAAUUGAUUUUCCUCGCAGAUGGCACCUGGUAAAUGGUUAGCCCUUGGGGAGAAACACCCUGUUCGUUCCCAGGGAGAGACUGACGCUCCGGAGAGUGAUUACCAGUGUGCCUUUCCAUUAUGGUGUGUCACAGGUGCCGCAAGAUAAGCCUGAUUUUUCAUGACUGCUUUUUCCUGCCCUUCUGUGCCCUCAGGACACUGCCCAUCUCUAAGAUAAGAUCCUGGAAAAAGGACUCUGUUGGCUGUUGGAAAUUGCAGAGUAAUGCCUCAGGUGACAUUUAAUGAUGUGGCUAUAGACUUCUCUCAUGAAGAGUGGGGAUGGCUCAAUUCUGCUCAGAGGGACUUAUACAAGGAUGUGAUGGUCCAGAAUUAUGAGAACCUGGUCUCUGUAGCAGGUCUUUCUGUAACUAAGCCAUAUGUGAUCAUGUUAUUGGAGGAUGGAAAAGACCCCUGGAUUAUGGAGAAAAAACUGUCAAAAGGUAUGAUUCCAGAUUGGGAAUCAAGAUGGGAAAACAAGGAAUUAUCAACAAAGAAGGAUAUUUAUGAUGAAGAUUCACCCCAAACAGUAAUAAUAGAAAAAGUUGUAAAACAAAGUUAUGAAUUUUCAAAUUCUAAGAAGAAUUUGGAAUAUAUAGAGAAGUUGGAAGGGAAGCAUGGAAGUCAGGUAGACCAUUUCAGACCAGCAACUCUCACCUCUAGAGAAAGCCCCACUGCAGACAGUGUUUACAAAUACAAUAUAUUUAGAAGCACCUUUCAUUCAAAGUCUACUCUUUCUGAACCACAAAAAAUUUCUGCUGAAGGGAAUUCAAACAAAUAUGAUCUAUUAAAGAAGAACUUAUCAAAAAAGUCAGUUAUAAAAAAUGAGAAAGUCAAUGGUGGAAAGAAACUUUUGAAUUCUAAUAAAAGUGGGGCAGCCUUCAGCCAGGGCAAAUCUCUUACCCUUCCCCAGACUUGUAAUAGAGAGAAAAUCUAUACAUGCAGUGAAUGUGGGAAAGCCUUUGGCAAACAGUCAAUCCUUAAUCGCCAUUGGAGAAUUCAUACAGGAGAGAAGCCCUAUGAAUGUCGUGAAUGUGGGAAGACUUUUAGCCAUGGCUCAUCCCUUACACGACAUCUGAUAAGCCAUAGUGGAGAGAAACCUUACAAAUGUAUUGAGUGUGGCAAGGCCUUUAGCCAUGUCUCAUCACUUACUAACCAUCAGAGCACUCACACUGGAGAGAAACCAUAUGAAUGUAUGAACUGUGGAAAGUCUUUUAGUCGUGUGUCCCAUCUUAUUGAACAUCUAAGAAUUCAUACUCAAGAAAAACUCUAUGAGUGUCGUAUAUGUGGAAAGGCCUUCAUUCAUAGGUCAUCUCUCAUUCACCAUCAGAAAAUCCAUACUGGAGAGAAGCCUUAUGAAUGUAGAGAAUGUGGGAAAGCUUUCUGCUGUAGCUCACACCUUACUCGACAUGAAAGAAUUCACACUAUGGAGAAACAAUAUGAAUGCAACAAAUGUCUGAAAGUCUUUAGUAGCCUCUCAUUUCUUGUUCAGCAUCAGAGUAUUCAUACUGAAGAAAAACCCUUUGAAUGUCAGAAAUGCAGGAAAUCCUUCAACCAGCUUGAAUCACUGAAUAUGCAUUUGAGAAAUCACAUUAGAUUGAAACCCUAUGAAUGCAGUAUAUGUGGGAAAGCCUUCAGUCAUAGGUCAUCCCUGCUUCAACAUCACAGAAUUCAUACUGGAGAGAAACCUUACGAAUGUAUUAAAUGUGGGAAGACCUUCAGCUGUAGUUCAAACCUUACUGUACAUCAAAGAAUUCAUACUGGAGAAAAGCCAUAUAAAUGUAAUGAGUGUGGGAAAGCUUUUAGCAAAGGCUCAAAUCUUACUGCCCAUCAAAGAGUACAUAAUGGAGAGAAACCCAAUAGUGUGUAAGUGUGGAAAAGCCUCUAGACCAUAUGAAUCCCUAUACAUAUGAGAAAUCUUACAGAAGAGAAGCUAUGUGAAGCAGUGUUUAUCAUGGUAAAGUUCAUUCCUAGAUUCUCCCUUAUUUAACAUUAGAAAAAUUUAUACUGGGGAAAGUCUUAUGAAUGUGGUGAAUAUAGGAAGACUUUUUAGCAAAGAUGCAGGCCAGUUUAUCAGACUUUAUACUGUAGAGAAAUCAUAUGAAAACCAUAAAUGUGGGAAGGCCUUUGUCAGUAUUAAUCCCUUAAUUGACAUAAAUAUACUCACACUAGGAUAAAAACCUGUACAUGUAGCAAAUGUGGGAAAGACUAUAGGCAAUAGGAAUCUUUUAUAAACUCCUACAGGAGAGAAGCUGUAUGAAUGUAGAAAAUUUAGAAAUUGAGGGAAGUCUUCAGUUCCAAGUGUAUCCCUUAUUCUACAGCAGAGAACUGAAAAUGGAGAGAAAUCUCAUUUAAGAGAUGUAGCAAAGUGUUCACUAAGAGUGUUUAUCUUGCUACAUAUCAGAAGAUUAAUGGUAGAACAACCUGAAGGAUUUAGGAGUUAUGUGUAAAUCUUUGCAGUCAUGCUAUUUGUAAACUGGAUUCUACAGGAGAGCAAAUAAACAUUAUAAUAAAAUGGAUUUCUUAGAGCAGUAGCUUGCAGUUUCAGUUGAGUUAUACUUAGGAAUUCUUUUUAGCUAGUGGGCAUGUGAAGAUAUUUAGUCACCCAGAGGAGCCAGUAAGUGUUAUAAUAUUGAAAAUUAAAGCUGCAAAAGAAAUAAAUGAUGUUAAUAAAAGUUUUGGCAUCUAAUAAAAUCAUUUUGUGUAUCACAAA